AUGGCCCUCAGUUUUCUUAGUGGCAGCGGGAGCGCCAGCCAUGCCAAGUACUUCGACAUUCGCUUGAACGAUGAUUACAUUGUAUUUCGCGGCGGCGAGCAUGAAUCGGCGAGCGCCCACUUGAAAGGCACUCUGGUGCUCUGCUUGUCGGAGCCGCUCUCAAUUAAGCACAUUCGCUUGGAGCUGACGGGCAUGUCGCGAGUCUGUUGGCACCUACCAUCUAGCUCUGCGUCCGGGGGCCGGAAAUCAUGGAGGGAGCGAGUUUUCUACGACAAAACCUGGAGGUUCCGCGAUGCAGGCAAGGGUAAGACCGAAGUCCUGGCUGCGGGCAACUAUGAGUAUCCGUUCGACGUCGUCCUCGAAGGCUCGAUGCCCGAGAGUGUGGAGGGUCUCUCGGAGACGUGGGUCAUGUACCGAUUCAAGGCCGAGAUCGGACGGAAAUACGCCAAAGACAUCGUGGCGCGGAAGCCCCUGCGCAUCAUUCGAACCCUCGACCCGAGCGCGCUGGAAUUAUCACAUGCUAUGUCGGUGGACAACAUCUGGCCCAACAAGAUUGAGUACUCUAUCAGCACCCCGACCAAGGCUGUCAUGUUUGGGACCUCCAUUCGAGUGGAUUUCAAGUUGAUUCCUUUACUGAAGGGCCUGCGAAUCGGACAAAUUACGUCACAGUUGAUUGAAAGCCACGAUCUGACCCUCAACCCGGAAGAUCCCGAUUCCAUCCGCAACACCUACAAAGUCACGCGCACGAUUAUAACCGACGAGUAUGAGAUUCAGGAGGACAAUAUCGAGAUCAUUGAUGAGGCGGCUGAGGGAUACCAGCUCACACGCUAUCUCGACAUGCCGGCUACCUUGACCCGUUGUCUGCAGGAUACGGACACCAAGGGUAUCAAGAUCCGGCACAAGCUGAAGUUCAGAAUUCAGCUACACAACCCAGAUGGCCACAUUAGUGAGCUCCGUGCAACUUUACCCGUCUCGGUCUUCAUUUCCCCGAAUAUCCCUCUGGGCGACGACAAUCAAUUACGGGAUCAAACUUCAACUGCCCAACGACGAGCCGCCGACGAAUUUGCUGCUCAGCAAGCCCCUCCGCUCUACGGCGAACACCAGUUUGAUCAAUUGUACAGCCAGCUGGAUCCCAAUGGAUACCGCACGCCUGGCCCCGGCAGCGGACCCAACACGCCGUUCGGGCCUCUCAGCCGCAACAUCUCUGCAGAAAACCUUGCAUCCAUGAACGCCCUUACGAAUACGGACAUUUCAGCGUCUGCGCUCCACAGUCGCCUGACGAACCUUACAAACCGACGAGGACAUCUGUCACCCACUGAGGCACCGAACACUCCUGCUGAACAGCACCCAAAUUCACGACAGCACAACGUUCAUUUUGAUUACUUCGGGCCUAAUGCAAAUACAGGCUCCGGCGCGGGUUCUGGUACACAUAGCCCGAAUACCCCUGAGCUCUCGCGCCGGGCCUCUGAUGAUGAACACGACCACGAACCCAUUCCGUCAGGCAUGGCUACUCCAUUCCACCCACAGUACGCCGAAGUUGAGACUCUGAGCCGAGUUCCCAGUUACUCGACUGCGGUUCGCGCUACAGUGGGCUCCUACGAUUCAGCUCUCCCCGACUACAAUGCGGUCAUUGCAAGCUCUCUCCCCGAGACUUCAUUGCCGCAAUCUCCACAACAGGCCUACCUGCGCUCUGGCCGCGCUAGCGGGAUCUCUACUCCUCUAGAUGUGAAUCGCAACAAUUACCUCCAAACGCACAGUUAG